ACUUGUACCUCAAUUGCGACUGUCUACAGCAAUUGACCCUGCCUCGUUCUUCCUGUUGCAAUAACAAACACCAAGCAAGCAUCGCGAUCUCUUGAGCACCAUCAUGUCCAGCUGGGAUGACCUCACCAAGGCGUUGGGAGGUAGCAAGGAUAAGCUUACCAAGCUGCUUCAGUCUGAUGCCCAGCUGAAGGCCUUUACCACCUCAGACGUGAUCGAUAAAUCUGUCACAUUCGGCAUCAAAUCGAGCGGCUCUGACAACACACUGCUGAUCGAAGUCACCAACGGCAGCGCCAAAGCAGGCACAGGCACCUCGAAGGAUGCACUGUUCACACUUUCUGCUCUUCCAGAGCAGUGGGAGCAGCACUUCAAGGAGACUCCCGCCAUGCCUUACCAGAGCUACUGGGGCAUGUUUGGUAUGAACAUCAAACAAAAGGGCAUCGAGGUUUUGGGUGACCAGUCUGCUUUCGCUCACUGGACUCAUGUCUGGAGGCGCGUUCUCGAACUCGCGCACGAGGCUCAUUGUGGCCCGCUGAAGGAGGAAGAGCAACUCGAGCAGGAGCGCGACUACCUUACCGGUCGCUACGUGUUCCUCGAUGCACCAGUCUGGGGCAGGUCGAAGGUUUUUUACGAGACUUCUGGAGAUGGAAAACAGCAGAUUGUCUUCCUGCACACAGCUGGUAGCGACAGCCGCCAGUACCACGGUGUUAUGAACGACCCGCAGAUGCGCAAAAAGUGCACUAUGUACGCUUUCGAUCUGCCAGGGCAUGGCCGAAGUUUCCCUUCGAAGAACCUGCCACCAGGAGCACACACAAACACCGAAGACAGCUACGUGGGCAUCAUUGGGGCGUUCGUCAAGGAGCUUGGACUGCGAAGACCUAUCAUUUGUGGUGCGGGUAUGGCUGGUCAAGUCUGCUUGGCAGUCGCCAUCCGCCAUAAGGAAGUCGGUGCUGGUGGCACCAUUCCUCUGCAGGGAUCCGAAUACGUGAACAUGGAGCGCCAGUGGUACGACCGCGCGCCAUACGUGAACCAGUCUCUAUUCAACCCAGAAUAUAUCUACGGCAUGAUGUCUCCGACCGCACCGAAGGUCAACAAGGAUUUGAUCUGGCACCUUCACAGUGCCCAGGCGUACGGGAUCUUCCACGGCGAUCUGGACUUCUACUUCGGAGGCUGGGAUGGUCGCUCACGCGUUGCGUCUAUCGACACUAACAGCUGCCCUGUCUACAUGCUGACUGGCGAGUACGAUUGGUCAAACACACCUGAGAUGUCGCAAAAAACUGCGGACAAGAUUCCUGGAGCCAAGCACAAGGCCAUGCCCGGUUUGGGCCAUUUUCCAGCGACUGAGAACCCCAAGGCGUUUGUGCCGCACCUGAUCGAGGCUAUUGAUCACAUUCAGCAGGUCAGAAGCGAAAGUCUGAGCACAAUGCGUCUCGGUAAUGGCACAGAUUGAGCGUAUAAACGCUAUAGCAUGUAGUCAGCGAAGUGAGUCCGAGACUAUGAGAAGCGCUUUCCCAAACCUGAG